AUGAACUUCGGUGCGGAGCCGCCGGCCCCAGCGUGGGAGACGCCGGACAUGGCUGCGUACCCUGACGGCCUGAGCACCUGCUGCGUCCCGCACCGCCAGGUUCCGGCCGCCGCGCACCCCCAAGGCUAUGUGAGCGGGGAUCUGGGCGCAGCCGGCAAAGGCCAGAGCCUGUGGGUGAGCCCUGCGCUCAGGCCCGCUAGCUAUGCGGCGGCCCCCGUGCUGGGCGCCCCGGGAGGCCUGGCGGGCGCGGACCUCGCGUGGCUGGGCCUCUCGGGCCAGCAGGAGCUGCUGAGGCUGAUGCGGCCGCCCUACUCCUACUCGGCGCUCAUCGCCAUGGCCAUCCAGAGCGCGCCGCUGCGCAAGCUGACGCUCAGCCAGAUCUACCAGUACGUGGCGGGUCACUUCCCCUUCUACAGGCGCAGCAAGGCGGGCUGGCAGAACUCCAUCCGCCACAACCUGUCGCUCAACGACUGCUUCAGGAAAGUGCCGCGCGGCCGGGACGACCCAGGCAAAGGCAACUUCUGGACCCUGGACCCCAACUGCGAGAAGAUGUUUGACAACGGGAACUUCCGGAGGAGGAGGAAGAAGAGGGGGGAGGCGAGCGCGGCCGCGCCCCUGGGAACCGGGAGCCGCGGAGGAGCCUCGGCCACCGCGCUGGAGCCCCCCGGAGCCGCCUCCCCGGACCAGGCGGCCUCGCCCUCUCCGCCCGCGCCCGAAGCCGCCGCCGCCUGCUUCUCUAGCUUCGCUUCGGCCAUGGGCGCGCUGGCUGGAGGCCUUGGCACCUUUCCCGGCGGCCUGGCUGGGGACUUCUCCUUGGAGAGGCUGACGACGGUCGCCGCCCACAGCCCCCAGGUGCCGGGUCCCGAGCCGGGCUUCGCUCCUGGCCACCAGACGGCGGCCACCGGCUUCCGCGUGGGCCACCUCGUCUACAGCCGGGAAGGGACCCUCCUUUGA